CAGAAUAAAGAAUACGUAGAAGAGAGAAUUAAAAUUUCAGUUAUCAGUAGCUUUCAGACGAGCGCGGAAAUUAUGCAACAACUAUUUUAUCUGAAAAGUGUGCAUGUUUUCUAAAUUAUUCGCACUAUAAUUUUGCCAAGAAGCGAGCGGCUUCGCUAAACUUUUAAUAUAAGAAGAUUACGAUACGCCACUAGGGAACCGUAAUUAGAUGGACACGGCACACGUAGACAACAACUCCACUGCUCCUCCAUACCCUCCUCAACAAAAAGAUCACCUUCUCGUUCCUAACCUAUGUAUGAUUAACGAAACCUCCGAAAAUGUCGACGAAGACGACGAAGUACUGGAAUCACCGUCUUCAUCAAGAAGACCCUCUGCCAUCAUCGCAGCUUUGCGACGCCCUUCUCAAGCGAUCGCUUUAUCGGCAGCACAGGCCGUAAUGAACCAGAGAAGGUAUCUUUUGAGUCUUUUACAUGGCCAGAGCGAGCGAUCGAUUUCAGAAAAGGAUACAAGCGAUUAUAAGGAAGAAUUGAUCAAAAAACAAAACCGAAAACUAGGCGACGAUGCUUUGACCACAAUUCUCUCCGCCCUCUACGCAAAGCUGCUGGUCGUCUUGGGAAUGGCUUUUCCGAUUACGGAAAUCAUAUCGAAGGACGUGCGGCCUUUCUUCUACCAGGGUUUUUAUUUGUAUUUAUACUUGGGCAGCAUCGCUUUCGUCUGUUAUAUGUACGCAACCUUCGUCAGGGAAAAGGCAGUUAACAAUAUCAUCAACUCCUACAACAAAGACAAAAAGGAUAAACAUCAUGGCUUCUUUUCACAUCGGAUGUCCAUUAAUUUAAACAACAAACCAGUCAAGUACGGAAGCUUUUAUUUACGCCUUGGCGCAGUCGCUUUUGGUAUCGGCAGCAUGGUCUAUUCCGGACUCGAAUUCGGACGAUAUUUCGAACUAAAGAACAAUCAAAAGUGCGAUUCCAAUGCGCUUCAGGCUAUAACACCGGCAACCCGAAUGCUGCUAACGCUGGUUCAAGUACAAUUCAUAUUUCUCAACACAAAGAACAUGGACAUGGACCGGCACAAGAUUAUAGCUAGAUUUGGCCUAAUGCACAUGGUAGCCACAAACCUCUGCGAAUGGUUGUAUGUUCUUGUAGAAGAAACUAAACAUGAAAUAAUACACUUGGGGGAACAUGGACACAACACAACUAAUUCGUCUAACCACGCCAAAUAUUGUCAGGAAGGAGAAGUAAUGGGAUCUCUUGUCAGAAAUGCAAGUCCGUUCUUGUUUCCUUGCACCAUUGAAUACAGUCUAAUUUGUGCUGUUAUCCUGUUCGAAAUGUGGAAAAAGGUGAAAUCUGCGGAAGUGAAAGCCGAAGUUGCAAAGGCUUCUGACAAACACAAGGACGAAAAAGCAACAACACAUUAUGCCUUCAAUCCUUUCGGCGGUAGUCCAAUGAAUUCCAAUCACCAUUUCAGCGUGGACUGCUCCAACGCUCACCGGGGCUUAUUCGCCGGGAUUAUGAUCAUCGUCCUGACCAUAAUUUCUUUGAUAAUGUUCUUCGUCCUGGCUAACGAACCGAGUGGAAGUGAAGAGGAUAACUUGGCUCUCAGAAGCAUGGCUGAAUUUGAAGUGAACAUAGUUGAAUUAGCCCUUUACAUAUUGACCACAGUUGUGGUUAUUGUAGCCAUGGUGCAAAUGCGCUCACUCAAGUACGACAGAAAAGUAGGGGCUGAGGGCCAAGAAGGCAUAGGCCUCGACAACACGCUCCUUGUAGUAGCCCAAACUGGCAUGUUCAUCUACUCCAUGUUUUCAAUAAUAGGAUGCUACUUUACGAUAUCUCGAAACACUACCACUGGACUCCUGGCUGAAAUAUUUUCUUUUAUUCAAACCUGUUUGCAAACUAUGUUUGUUUUGGAUGGAUGGUGGCGUCGCUGCCGUAAUUUAGAUCAAGUGAAAAAUAAGCCAGCCAAAGAAUUAAUCACAUUUCUCAUCAUUGCGAACAUGGCCAUGUGGACUAUUAAUACUCUGGAAAAGAAUCGUGCUGAAUUUAGACCUACGCAUCUAUUAUUCUUCGGUGAAUGGGCAUGGACUAUAAUUACACACAUUUCAAUGCCGCUGGCCAUUUUCUAUAGGUUUCAUUCAACAAUAUGUCUCUUCGAGAUAUGGAAAACUGCGUAUAAAGUUAAACCUCAAUUUAAAAACCCUGUGUUUCCUCUUAUUUCGACUCCUUCAGUAUGAUAUAAUGGUGGUGGCAAUAAACGAAAAUAUAUUACAA